AUGUCAACUCGAAGAACAAGUAUAGAAAAGGAUGAUGGCGAUCUGCUUGUAGGAAGGGCUGUUCACCAUUCUCUCUCGACCGACCUCAUAUGUCGGGCGAGAGAGAAUUUCUUGAAAAAGAAACCUUGGGGUAAUGGUUACCGAGCAAGUCUGGUUAACCCCACCUUCCCUCUGUAUCCCACUUUCUUACAUUUGCUCUUUAUCUUCCUCUCUCUUUGUUUACCUCCCUCAUUCUUUUUAACUCUCUCUCUCUCUUCAGUGAUCUUUCUCUCUCUCUUCAUAUCUCUUUCCCUUCGUUACUUCUGUUUAUUACUUUCUUCUUUCUUUCUUUUCACUUGUUUCGAUUUUUUUCUUUUUUAUUAUUUUUCUUUGUUUCUCGUUCACUUUGUCUGUCCAUCUCUCUCUCCCUCCUCUCUCUCUCUCUCUCUCUCUAUCUAUCUAUCUAUCUAUAUAUAUAUAUAUAUAUAUAUAUAUAUAUAUAUAUAUAUAUAUAAAUUUCUCUCUCUUUAUCUUUCCCUCUAUCUCUCUUUUAUCUUCGUCUUCUUUGUCUAUGCUCUUCUUUCUUUCUUCAUGAAACUCUCUCUUUCUCAGUCUGUCUCUCUAUCCCUCUCUCUUUCCUACACAUAUUUCAUUAUAUCUACUUAUUCUGCUUUCUUUUACUUUCUGUCCUUCUCUCUUUCUUCCUUUAUCUUUUCUUUUUCUCCCACCCUCUCUCCAUAUUUCUGUUACACUCUUUUUUAUCUCUCUCUCUCUCUUCUUUUUCUUUGUCUCACUAUUUCUGUCCUUGUCACGUCAUAUAACUAUUCUUUUCGUAUUACUGUUAAUCAGUUGGAGUAG